AUGUCCAAGCCAUUCCAAUAUAAUGGGCUUUUCUGUUUGCCCACGGAGCUUCUUGAAAUCAUGCUGUCAUAUUUAGAUGUCAACUCGAUAAAGGCUCUACGUCUCACAUGUAACAAGCUUGCCAAAAGAUGCAUCGGUCCCCGAUUUUUAGCAUCCAUUCAACACCCUCUGCUCGAUGUUUCGUUGGAGAAUCUUCGGUCUCUUCUUGCCUUGGCUCGCAAUCCCGAUAUCAGGAAGAAAGUUAAUUCUAUUACCCUCUUGGCUACGAUCUUGGAUAUUCCCGAAUUGGAGCAGAACGUCAAGGAUGGAUACUAUAUAGUAAUAAAGGUCGAUGGGCCCAGGCGGAAAAGGGUUGAAGUUGACUAUUCUCCCGAGGAACUUUCAACCGCGAAAGACGAUCUGAUAUGGUUAGUAGAACAGAAAGAAGCAAGAAAAAACGAAUCGCCAAGCGAGCUGGUCAAACUUCUUGAACAUGUGCUCAAAACGUUUGGUGAACUGGAUGCUAUCCACUUGGAUGGUGCGGUUGUUCGAGGUCGCAAGGAGAGAAGAUGUAUGAGGUCUGGAGAGUGGGUUCCACUGUGGACGCGAGCUGCGCAAGUUUUCUCAUGGGUUACGAGGGCGCUGGCGCAGAGCCAGGCAUCGGUGAAGAGAUUCGACAUUUAUCAGAGUAAUCGCAAAUACGGAAUCGAAGCCGCUAAUAUCGGUAACCACAACGUAACGCAUGACCUAGCGGGGUUGGAAGUGCCUAUUAAAGGGUUGCAAUCGCUCGAGAUGAGCUUAUCUGGGGACGUACAGGAUGCUUUGGACAAUGGCGAAAGACAGGAAGAUAUGCAGGAGGCGGAGGAAAGGAUGGCUCGAAAAACCAAGGAGCAGGACUCAUAUGGGACACCGAGGCUUCCGUCAUUCUUCCUCAAGUCUACACCCUCUCUCCGAAAGCUGGAACUUUCAUUCCGUCGAACUGCCACACUAGUUUCGAAGUCGUUUAGGCAGAAAUAUGAAUGGAUUAUUCACAGUAUCGCCCACGAAGCCCAGUUCCCAAUGCUGGAAGAGUGCACCCUUGCCGGGUUUUCAGCGAGGAGCGACUCAGUCUUGCUCCUUUUUCAGAAAAGCCCCAGUAUCAGAUCCUUGACGAUUCACGAAUGCCACUUGAGUUCUGGGUCAUGGACGCCAAUCUUCGCUCAUCUGGAAGCGUCGAUGCCGGAACUUCAGACCCUAGACCUGUCGAACUUGUGGGGCAAACACAUGCAAACCGUGAUGCAUACACAAGCCCAUGUGGGAGAUGGUAAUGAUAAUAGCAGGCAAGGGGAAGCGGAUCACUGGCAGGAAGGCGAUGGUUUAGUUAUUUGGCAUACUCACUCCAGACCCCAAUGGACAAGAUACACGUCAACCACAGGGAGCGGUGUACACACCAUAUGCUUCAAUCACGAGGAGAUAAAAAGGGGGCUUGUUUCCCGGCCCCUAAACCCUGGACCAGGUCGGGUCAAAAGCUCCGCUGAGCUUUGGCGGUGGCGGAAUAAGCGGCUCAGGCUAUAUGGCCCUCCUUCAUAA